AUGAUGCCGCAUUCGUCUUCAGUGCCUAUUUUACAUCAGUCUGUGAGUCGUCCACGUCUUCUUCAACGCCCACAAAUGCCUCGUAGAGGUGAGCAGCCAGCUAUCGGUGUCCGGUCAUUCUCAGCUCGCUGUGAAACCCGCAAUUCUACUCGAAGUGAAGGCUCAACCAGGCUGUCUUGCUGGCUUCCGUCUCACAUGAUGGAAACGCGAAGUAAUCGUAAAGGUCGGCAGAACAAAUUAGGUGGUCGUUCAGUAGACGUUAAGAAACUUGUCGCUCUGUGCAAAUCCUCGCUAUGCCGCUGCCGUAGAUGUCGUCAUGACAACUCUUUACGACGUCGAGUCUCGAAGUAUAACCCAAGAUUCAUCCCCAGCGGCAUUGGAAAGUACAACGUCGUCAGACGAAGUCUGUGUAUUUGCGGGCGUGACACCGAGUUCAUGGAGACCGUUUCCUCUAUAAAAAUCAAAUUCCUCGAUCCAUUGGUUGCAAAGCAAAUUGCUGAUAUGCUUGAUUGGGCGGCGCUGUUGGCUUUAAUUGCAUUCCUUUUAAAAAUUCUACUCAGAGUACUUGAUCUUUGA